UUACAAGACUGUAAGACGAGUGCGCGCGGCGGUUUUGGCUCAGCGCAUUGCGCGCAUGUUCCUGUCACUGAGGUGAACGGAGGGACCCUCUGUUUGAAACCUAUACAUACAUAGCCUGCUUUCUCUACAUACCGUGCAUAUCAACAUAAUGGUCGGGAAGAUGCUCGACGUGGACUCUGCAGCCUUGUCUGUUGAGAAAGGCACCUACGGCACUCUCGACGGCCCAAGGGAGGGCGCCCACUCUAAGCCGCCCGUCUUCCUGGUGCACCUCGCGCUAUGCACAGGCUACGCGCUCUUCGGUGGGGGCGCGAUCGUGGGUAAGUUCGGGGUGCAUUGCUCCAAUCCCAUCAUGUUCGAGCUCUUCAGGGAGUUCCUGAGUUUCUGUCUCCUGCUCUUGGCGGUGUGCGUCACGAGGCAGGUCCUGCUCCCGGAGCGCGUGGACGUGCCCACGAUACUGCUCGGCGGCGUGGCCUUCUUCACGAACCAGGCCGCCUGGUUCGUCGGCCUGAAGCUGGCCGAUCCGGUCGCGGGGUCGGCGUGGCAGGCCUUUCUCCCGAUCAUGACCGCGGGGCUCUCCUUCGCCAUGGGCGAGUCCAAGAUCGAUUCGAAGCAGGCGCUGGGCAUCGCGGUCUCCGCAAGCGGCGCGAUUCUGAUGGUGAUCUUGGACAGCACGGCGGCAUACGCCGUGGGCGCAGCGAGCAGCCGCUCCUGGGUCACGAAGUUCGCCAGCCACGCGAUAUUCUGCACGGGAAUCACGGGUACCUCGGCCUACUUCCUCAUCCACAACAAGCUCGGCAGCAAGUACUCCGCGUGCGCGACUGUGAUGUGGUCCAACAUGAUUGGCAGCAGCCUGCUGCUGCUCACCCACCGUCUGGCGGUCGUCUUCCCGCCACUGAUGGGCCUGCUGUGCUACAGCGAGAAGGCGAGCCUUGAGUCCCAGUGCUACGCGCAGGGCCUCAGCGUACCCCGGGAGGCCCUUCUGCCGCUGUGCUACGAGGUGGUCAUCUGCACCCUUGUCGCGUGGCCACUGCUUUCGUGGGCCAACCAGCACACGGAGCCGUCCGUCACGACUGUGUACAUGGGCAUGCAACCCGUGACCUCCACCACCAUCUCGGCGGUCCUGGUAUGCAUGAUGGGCGUCGGGUGGGGGAUCCGGUACGACAUGAGCCUACCUGAUUGCAAGGAUUUUGGGGUAUUGCUCAUCGUAAGCGGUUUGCUGAUCAUUUUCGCUAGCGAGCAGUCGAAGAGGGAGCGCCUGAGCAGCGACAUGAAGUGUCCCGAGCGACUCGGGGCGAUUUAGAGGCUCAGCAGCCUUGUAAGAGGCACAGUGGCUUCAAUUUGACGUAGGCCUGCUCCUGCCACUGUUGUGCCCGACCGAAAGCAGCGAGGCGGGGGGAGGUGCACUGGUGG